AUGGCACCGGACAAGCGGAAUCAGUUCCUCGAUGCGGAGGAAAGCGAUGACGAGGGCAGCCAAGGCUACGAUUCCGAGGCAGACGAGUUCCAAAAAGGCGGCCGUAGUGCAAAAAGGCGGCGAAUUGAUUCAGAAGACGAACAAGAUGAUGAUAUGAGCAUUAAGGAAGACGACCUCUACGACUCGGAGGAUAAUGCGCACAAGACGAGCAGCAAGCGUAUCAAGCUGCAGGCAGAGCCAGAUGCGGUAGAAGGCAAAACGAAGGCAAAACGUGAACAAGACGAUGACUCGAAGCCCUUAGAACUAUUGGGGGUUUCUAAACCCCUCACGAAGAAGAACCUCGUUGCGACGGAGAAGGCUGUCAAGAAAUCUGGAGUAGUGUACCUAUCACGCAUACCGCCAUUUAUGAAGCCGCAAAAGCUUCGCUCGCUCCUGUCUCCCUAUGGACAGAUCAACCGUAUAUUCCUUGCUCCAGAGGACCCCGCUGUAUAUACACGACGAGUGCGAAGUGGAGGGAACAAAAAGAAGUCAUAUACCGAGGGAUGGGUGGAAUUUGUCAAUAAGAAGGAAGCAAAGGAGGCUUGCCAGCUUCUAAAUGCGCAAACAAUCGGCGGCAAGAAGGGGUCAUACUAUCGUGAUGACAUCUGGAACCUCUUGUACCUCAACGGAUUCAAAUGGCAUAAUCUGACUGAACAGAUCGCCGCUGAGAAUGCGGAGAGGACAAGCAGGAUGAGGGCUGAAAUUAGUAGGACGACCAAGGAGAACAAGGAGUUUGUAAGAAACGUGGAGCAGGCAAAGGUGCUUGAAGGUAUUCAGACCAAGAAGGCGGCAAAACGAAAGAAGCUUGAUGGUGAUGAGACGGAUGAUGUUGGAGGCGUAGGUAGUGGUAUCUCGGCGUCCGAGAAAGCCAGAACCUUCAAACAGAUACCUUUGGCGAACAAAAAGGAGAUGGAGGGGGCCCAACCUGAGCGGGUUCAGAGAGUGCUAAGCAAGAUCUUCUAG